CCGCUGCGUCUUUCUCUAGCCCGGGAAGAGGCGGGCGGCGAGGGAGGGGCCGCGCGAGCUCCAGCUCCCCGCUGUGCGCCCACCCGCGGCGCUGCGAAGAGGCACCGUGGCCGCCGCUCGGCUGCAGCUGAGCGGCGCUGACAUCUUCCAGCUCCCUCGGCUUCACCAUGGACAGCUUCGAUUUGGCGCUUCUGCAGGAAUGGGACCUGGAUUCUCUGUGUGUCUAUGAUCUUGACAGAAAUAUGCUACGAAGAAAAGAAUGGGAAAAGAGAAAUCAGGAGACCCAGCAUGAAGACAGCAUAUUUAAUACCAGUUAUUCUCUCUUUAGUGAACCGUACAAGACGAAUAAGGGGGAUGAACUGUCUAGUCGUAUCCAGAAUACACUGGGUAACUACGAUGAAAUGAAAGAAUUGUUGACCGAUCACUCCAAUCAAAGCCAGCUUGUUGGUGUUCCAAAAGCCUGUAUGUCACAGGCAUCUAUGAACAAAAUGGAGGAGCACUUUUCUGCUGAAACUAUGACCCAUACUCAGACUUCUGUUUGCAGUCCUCAGUCUUCUUUGCCAGUGAUGCUUUCUGGACAGCUAAGCAAGAAUGCAAAAAUAGGUUGGCCGAAAUCUGGGUGUUGCUUAGAGAAUCAGCAGAGGGUGGGCAAACAUAGGCAUGGAUUGUCAGAUUCACAGAGUAAUGAUUUCAAAAUAGCUAACCAAAAGAGCAGCUUGGAAAAGAUUAUGCAUUAUGUACACAGUCCUUCUCCAUCAUCUUCAUCCAGUGCUAUUCAAGGUCCUAUAGCAUCCUUACUUGUAGAGAACAUUCAAACACAACAGCAGUCAAAAUUGAGCUGUGCCACAGAGACUGGAGUCCAGGCUCAAGAAAGACCAGCUAUGCAUAGCAAUGGACACUGUGUACAAAAUUUUCAUCCUGCACUUGCUUCAAAACCAAAUAUAAUUCAGCAGAAACCAACAGCUUAUGUGAGGCCAAUGGAUGGUCAAGAUCAGGCUCCUGAUAAAUCUCCAAGACUAAAGGUGCCGGAUGAAACCAGCAUGCUCUGCACCUCAUACAGAGAGAUGUCUUCAGUUAAAAAUGAAUCAGCUAGGACCAAGUCAAAAAUGACAAAGUGUGGCAUUUCCAAGCAAGAAGAGGACACUGGAGUAGGUGACAAUGACUGUGUUGAAGAAAUUUUACGGGAAAUGACCCACACUUGGCCUCCACCACUUUCUGCUAUCCACACACCUGGCAAAGUGGAACAAAACAAGUUUCUGUACACAAACCAGGACCCCAAGUAUGUCUCUACAGGACACAGCAAUCAAAGUAAGAAUAAUUUUGACUUCACAGGACAUAGGGAAUGGCCUGAAGGACAAGAGGAGGAACAGCAUUCAGUACCUAAACGAACUGAGCAGAUGGUAGCACCUAGCCAAGUAGCUGUUAUGGAAAAAGCCAAGCAGUAUCAGAUCAGAAUGCUAGAAGAUGACCUAAAGUUGAGCAGUGAUGAAGAAGAGAGUGACCAGCAGGCAGCACAGAAAUCUGCUCUCCCGGUUCUAUCUGACAGCAGCAGCCCUGCUAACCAGCAGUCCAGUUGUAGAAUUUUGGGUGUCUCUAACAAGGGUUCAAGCAGCAGUUCAAGCGAAUCGGAGAGCAGUUCUGAAUCUGAUUCAGAGACUGAAAGCAGUUCCACAGAAAGCGACUGCAACAAGCAAUCACAUUGUUCCAGCCCAGAGCCUGAACAGCCGUCUCCUAACAAGUGGCAAUUGGAUAAAUGGUUAAAUAAGGUUAAUCCUCAUAAAGCUUCUGCUUUGAACCAAAAUGGAUUGGAGGUCUUUCAGUAUUACAGCAAACUAAAAGAAGAAAGGCAAGACAAUGAAAAUGUACCUCCUGUUGGACAAGCCAGUCUCCAGAAAAAAGAUAUUAAGAAUCUUAAUAAAGAGGAACUAAGAUCUAGGACAGCUAACUUAGCCCCAGGACACAGGGGAGGAAAGCAAAAACCACUUCCUUCUGCUGCCUCAAAAUCAGUAUCUAAAAAACAGCCAAGGAGGACAGAGAAUAGCCUGGCUGGUGAUAACUUAAACAACCAUGCAGCUGACAAUCUUGAUUUGAACCAAAUUCAUUUGGCAAAUAAUAACAUUUGUAAUCAGCCCAAGACUAGGCCUUGCAGCAGCAACAUUGAACAGCAAAAAGAACCAGAGUCUGUUACUGCCGUGGAAAAGAGACGGACAAGAGGCUCAGGGAAAAUAGCACCCAAGUCCAAGGAAUUUAUUGAGACAGAAUCUUCAUCUUCAACUUCAUCUGACACAGAGUCCCAGUCCGAACAAGAGGAGUGUACUUCACACAAAUUGCAGACCGUAGUUUCAGCAUCAGCUGGAAGUGACCAGAAACAAAAGAAUUCAAGCAAUAAUAAUGGUUACAAAAAAACCAAUAAUUGUGGUGCCUUUAGUUCCAUCAACACCAGAACUAGCAACGAUAUAGCAAAAGAGCUGGAAGAACAGUUCUACACACUUGUUCCUUUUGGCAGGAAUGAGCUUUUGUCUCCUCUAAAAGAUACUGAUGAUGUCAAAGCACUUUGGGUCAAAAUUGAUUUGACUCUGCUCUCCAGAAUCCCGCAGCAAUUACCUGAGGAGCCACUGAUCAUGAACACAGGAGUUAAAGAAGCCAUUCAAAUGCAAUAUAACAUUGCUGCUGAUCUGCCAGCAGAAAAAGUGGUUCCUAAAUCCAGAAGAAAACGAAAGUAUGAAAACGAGGAAGAAAACAGAGAGACUAAGAAGAUUCACACUGAGCAAGAAUGUUCCUCCAAUUUACUUCCUUCAGCUCAAGUUAUUUCUUCACCAAAUCAUUACAAAAUCAUUAAAAAAAGUUUGGCAACACCAAUAAAUAAAAAUGAGAAAAUGCUUCAGUCACCUAGUUCUCCCUUCUCUGAUGCAUCAAAGUAUAAAUUCUGUAAUGAUGAUUUAACUUCUAGCAAAAUAAAUGGUAGCGACCCUUCGUCUUCCACAUCCUCAAGUAGAAAGCACAAGAAUGAGAUAAGAUCAUGUCUACAUCCUGGAGAUUUCAGUAAAGCCAUGUAUAUCAGUUCAGAAAAUACUCUGUUCUGCAACAGGACACAGUGCCAAAAAGAACCAUGGUCAUCUAUACUGACUGUGCCCAAAACCUGUAGGAAAUCAAAACUCAUAGUUAAUGAUGGACUACAUAGUUUAGAUUUUUUUAUGCAGGAAGCUAAGAGAAAAAAGCAUAAAGCAGAUGCAAUGGUGGAAAAAUUUGGCAAGGCACUGAAUUAUGCUGAAGCUGCAUUAUCAUUUAUUGAGUGUGGAAAUGCCAUGGAACAAGGACCCCUGGAAUCAAAGUCCCCAUACACAAUGUAUGCAGAAACUGUGGAGCUUAUCAGAUAUGCUGUGAGACUAAAAGCCCACUCAGGUCCCAGUAUGACAUCAGAAGAAAAACAACUUACAGCAUUAUGUUACCGCUGUUUGGCACUUUUGUACUGGAAAAUGUUUCGGCUCAAAAGAGACCAUGCUGUAAAAUAUUCAAAAGCUCUCAUUGAAUAUUUCAAGAAUUCAUCUAAAGUUACUCAGGCACCAUCUACCUGGAGUAGCAGUAUGAAGUGUACAGGAACUCCUUCUCCCAUAUCACCCAGUUUGUCUCCGCUGAGCUCAGUCGGGAGCACUGGAGCUCCUUCCCCUUCCUCCAUCAUCAGCAUUCCUCAGCGAAUACACCAGAUGGCAGCCAACCAUGUUAGUAUCACUAACAGCAUCUUACACAGUUAUGACUACUGGGACAUGGCUGAUAAUCUUGCCAAGGAAAACCAAGAUUUCUUUAAUGAUUUGGAUGCACUGAUGGGAGCUAUCACAUUGCACAGCUCUAUGGAGCAUCUGGUUCAAUAUACCCAGCAAGGCCUUGACUGGAUAAGGUGUAGUGCUCAGUUAUCCCCAUGAUGGUUCUCCUCGCCUGGACACUAAACUCACAAUAUGGAUAAUUCAGUUAUUCUAGACACUGUGCUACAGAAAUACUCAACUGCAGCAUUGCUUCAAAUACAAUGUGAAUAUUUUGUUAACAUUGGACAAUAUUGUUUCAGAAAGCAAAAAUAGGUCUGGGUAUAUUAUGCAAAUUUGUCUUUUCCAGGCCAUUGUUCUUUUAAUUAUCUCCAAAUAUCACUUCCUUAGCAAGAAAAUUAAGUAUAGCUACAUUAGAAAAACUCUCACACAUACAAGAUACACAUUCCUCCAAUAUUUAGAAAGCCAAAGCUUAAUUUUAUGGAUUGAUUUAUUCAAAUGAAAUGUAGUACCUGUUGCUAGUAAUCUCUUAGAGCAAUUUUUCCUCAGUAUUUAUAGAUCUCUCUGUCACUUUUAUAGAGACUUAAUGAAUGAUUAAGGACAGCUUCAGUGACAAAUUCUGACUAAAAUACAUUUUACUGAGUAAAAAUAAAAUAAAAUGUAAAAUACAUAUUACAUUUUAAAAGGAACUUGUGGCCAUUGAUUUUGCCAGGCAAUACUUGGAUGCCAGUUUGCUUGCAAACUGGCUCACCUUCUUCCUAUCGCAUUAUUAAGUAAUAGCCUUGAAAUUGGGCGCAUUCGCAGUUGUGGAGUUCUAGUAUUCAAAUAUGCAUUUUUUACAGAUUUGUUGGACAUGUAUCAGAAAACUGCAACAUUGAAAUGAUAAAUGUGUCUCUGAAAUAAUUAUCCUUAUGAGUGAAACAGUAUGUAGAGCAUCAGUCCUCCAAAUUAAAAUUCUGUGGCACCAUUGGGAGCCUGAUCAAACUACAAGUUGCCCCCCCGUCCAUCCUUGCGAGUUCCUCAUGCUGGACAUCAUGGACCCAAAUGCAGAGAGAAGGACUGCGACCUUUUGUGCUCUUGAACAGCAGCAAUGUGCAGUAUUUGUUCUUCAUAUCUUGUUUUUUUAUAAAGUCAGAUUUACACUUUUGCAAAUAGUUUAUUAAGCAAAAAUGUAUUUUUAAAGAGUAGAGAGGGGUGGAGUGAUUACAUAUACCAGAACAAAACUUUCUGAAAGUGUUAAUUUUUAUGUGGAACAGCAUUUCAAAACCAGCUGUAGAUGAUUCCAUCCAAUUUCAAAGCAAAGGAGCAUUUUAAUAUACAGUUUAAAAUAAUAGCUUACUUAUGUUUCCCUUUUACUGUAUCUAGCAAUUACUUUCAGUUCUUCUAUUUUUGCAGAAAACUGUUUUACUAUCAUGCUCUUCGACGCAUCAAGAAAGGCUCCAUUAGACUGGUUCAUUUGAGGCACCUGAUGGAUCCACUUGGUUUCCAGAAAGUGCUGGGAGAAUUCUCUGAAUCUUUGUUGGACAGGUCAUUCAAGGCUUUGGUCCCUUCCUGGAAUGAGGGUAUUUCACUUGCCUUAGAAAAGGAUUGCAUCUGAAAGUCACUUGGCACACACUGAUCUAGGUGAGCUCCUUGGUUUUCUGAGGUGCUCUGAAAAAUGAAGCAUUAAAAGAGACACCUUGAGCCCCACUGGAGAAAGACAAAGAAUAGGUCCAAUCAAACCCUUUUACAAGCCUAUAUUAGAACUUAAGUCAUGCACUAACGGUGGCAAAAUUUAAUUAUUUUUCUGCCCUUAAUGCAUCUGCAGAAUGUAGUUUAGGAAUCUUUUGUAGAAUGAUUAUACAAUUUUCUAUUAAGUGAAGGAAAGACAUUCAGCUUAUUUCUGGGACUGUACUUUUGUUUUCUAGUAAGCAAUCAAUAAAAUUUUACAAAGUUAGCUCACUCUAUGAUGUAGCUGUACAAUUUUAUCACCUUGCCAUAGGUACAACUUCUGUAUAGCUGUGCUAGUCCAGUAGAAUGGCAUUCCUUCUAAGGUUUGGAUGACUUAGAACCCUAUUGGGCUUCUGUAAUCUGUGAAAAUUUGGGUUUUCAGAAUUCACUGGUUGACUUUCAUAAUUGUUUAAUCCUGUAGAACUGGUUAUUUUCCCUUACAUAUGAUCAGGCAGCAUUGUGAUCUGUUUUGUUACUUCUGUUGCUGUUUUAUGUUUCUUUCAACCUUAGCAUUAUAAAGCCAUCUUCGGCAAUUGAGGGGAUCAAGGGUACAUAUUUCAGGAUCCUCUGUUAAGAGGCUCAUAAAAUGCCAAGUUCUGGAAUAAUUGAAUAAAUUAAGUGCUCAUUAUUGGAAACUAUAGAAAGAAUUGCCAUUAAUUUAUAUAACUAGUGUAAUAUCAUAUAUAUUAGAUUAUAGAUAAGUUAUGUCAAAAAAGGAUAAACUCAAGACUAUAAUUAGGCAAAUAAAAUUAGGUUUUAAAAUUAUAGAAAAUUACUGCACAUUAUUCACCUAUUCUUGAUUUAAGAACAAAUAGAAGGGAAGAGGUAGAUCUGCAAACAGAAAAAAUAAUUUAAUCAGCUACUUCCUCAAUAGAAUUAUCAAUAACAAGGAUUGAAAAGGACGUUAGAAGUCAUCUAGUUCAAUGUAGGAGUUUAUUAUUAUAGCAUCCCAAGCCAAUGAUGUUCCAUUGCCAGCACAUUUAACUGUGAUGGUAUAGGAAAAGUGAGGAUAAUUGAUGUAGCCAUACUAGGGGAUAGUAGAUUAGAACACAAAGGACUGAAGAUCACAAAAGCAAGAUAUGAAAUCAAAAUUGAAAGAUAAGUUGACUAUGAUCGUCCAAGUAGUAACUGGCACACUGUGAUACAAAAAUAUCUUGGAUGGCACAUAGAAAGUUUUUGCAUUAACAGAAUUUCCCUCUAUCAGCUGCACAAGGCCACAUUGCUUGGACCCACACUGAUACUAUGCCAAUAAAUUAUAACAUUCUAUAUUCUUGGGAUGAACUCAACAGGUAUAAAGGCUAACACUAGCUAAAGAAUUAGCAGUUGUGAUAUUACUAUGCAUAUAGUAAUCAGAUAACAUCUGCCUAUCCCAGGUCCUUGGGAAGAACUUGACAGGUAGAUAAAAAUGCCAAAUUCAGUCUAAACAUAUGUUGACUAUGCAAUCAUUUUUAUGAUAAUUCAGUAUGUACAAGAAACCAACAAUAUAAUAACUCAUAUAAGUAAUGUCUUAAGUAAAAUUGCUGAAGAAUAAUUUUCAGAAAGCCUUUCUAAAUAGUUUGAUCUUUAAAAAAAUUCCAGAAGAUUGUCACACAAGAUAUUAAGCUAAUUUUUGAGGGAGACUGUUCCUUGUGCCAUGAUAGAGGAACAAUAGUUUAUGGAUUCAGCCCCAUCACCUCAAGGAAUUAAGGUAUUAUGAGUACAGAAUCCUAGGACAGCCUGCUCAGACAAAUCACAUUCAACUGGUUUAGUUUAUUUAAUAGUAUGGUCAUAGAUCAAACACACAAUAUUAUAAAAAGAAAAAAACCCCACAGAUAUUAAUUGAAAGCCAAUUUGUGCCUCAAGUAAGCACAUCUGGAAGAACAAUUAAGUCCAGAAAUGUCUGUUUGUCAUUAUGAUAGUACAAAACUUAGCUACAAUUCCAGAGGCUCCCAGUUGGGUUGUUUAGUAGGUAAUGCACAAUUGCCAUAUGAGAAUGGAUAGUUUGUAAUGAGAAAGGCACUGCCUCCAGGAUUAUAGAUAGAGCAGUUCAGAAGUAUGUGCACUACUGUUUCAAUUGCAGAGUCUAAGUAGAUACACACAGUCUAUUGAAUGAAUGAAUGCUGUUGAAGCCGCUACUGAGGCAGAAUAUCCAGACUUACCAGUGUGAAGGCACUCAUAGAAGCCAAGGCUAGUAAAUUAUAUUUGUAGUCCUCUGCGAACUAUCCAUUAUCUCAACAACUUUGAUAAAAUUCCUGUUAUAACUUUAUAUUGUUAUCCUAUGGAUCUUAGUCUAUUUUUAGCACACUCUUUCUCUUAAUUAGAAACCAGUCAUGGUUCUUUUGGUGCCAGCAUGGUUAUGGAAAAAGAGAAGAAGCAACAGAAUGUCAGUUUUCUUCUAAGGCUUUGCUCAACUCUGUUCACACCCAAGCAGCUUAAAAGUACAUUCCUUCUGUAUGGCAUUACAGUGGCAUGUUUUUAUUGUUUACAUUGAACAACGUAAUAAACUAAAAUAUGUUGUACAGUAAUUUACACUGUAAACUAUAUGUGUGUGUGUGUACAUUGAAAACACUUUCCUCCCAAUCUGCAAAGGUGCUCCAGAAAGUAACAGCAAUAUUUCUUGUAUGAUGUGGACCACUCUUUGGCUUUAUUUUCCAAGCUUCCUUAAAGUUGGGGAGAUAAUUCUGGGUACUUGAAAUAUAUGUAUAUGUAUAUGUAUAUGUAUUGUAUGUAUAUAUAUAUACACACAUAUACACACAUAUAUACAUAUGUAUGUGUGUAUAUAUGUAUAUAUGUGUGUGUAUGUAUGUAUGUAUGUGUAUGUAUAUGUAUAUAUAGCAUUUUAAUUAUUUUAUAAAUAAUUAUUUAUACCUAAAUUAGAAUAGCAAUGUCAAUAUUCAUCCAAAGACUACAUUGUCAAGACAACCAAGCUAAUUCACUGACAUAACACAAAGUCAAAAAUGUGUACAUUAGAACUGUAUUCAAACAAACAAAUAGGUUUGUGUUAAUCACAGUAUAUUUUUUUAUUGUUUAGAAAGUUUUGUGAAUUCAGUUGUGUUGAUUAGUUUAUGGCUCAAUGUGCUGUAUAAACCAGGAAGUGGGUUUAAUGACCAGCUUAAGUGUAUUGUAUGAUCAUAGCUGAUACGUCUAUAAUUCUCCCAAGCAAUAUAACAAAGACUGCAAUAAUAUCUGCACAACUAUCAGCAAAUGCUUCUUUACUGAUCUGAAUGAAACCAGAUGUUUUAUCUUAAUGGGUCAUUUCACAUAUUACUUGUACUAGUAUUUCCUUUGAACUAUAUUAGUGUGGAAAGGUUCUAGUUUCUUGAAGUUCUGCCUGAGCCAGCUAUAUAUCUGACAGAGCAAAUCGUUUAUACACAGAUAUUGGAACUUGGUGCUCUCCCCAAACUGGAUGAAAAUUACAUAAUGUUCACAUCAUUUCAGUAUUUUUCUGCUUUCUGUAUCAAACUACCUUCAUUGCUGAAUUAUUAUAAGCAAUGUAUUGGAUCUUAUUUUACAAGAACAAUGUGAUAGAUACGUUUAAGUUCUGUUCCAUGGCUAAAUUUUCAUGUACAUUGCAGUGAUGAAAUUAUUGACAAAUUGUUUUGAUGCUUGUAACUUUUGGUCUUUCCGCCAUUCAUUCAAAAUUCAUGUAGCACAGUUGCUGGAAUGGUGAAAAAAUCCUACUGUAAUGUAACAGUAUGGGCCUUAAGGAUUUGUGUGUGUAUGUUUUUUUUAAAAAAAGGAAAAGCACUUUUAUAUUUAAAAGUUAAUAUUAAUUCAUCAAUAAGAUUACUUUUUUAAUGUGAAAAUAAA